UGAAUCCUAGAGUUGGCGAGUUUUCAAAAAUGGGGUUCUUUUGUUGUGGAGGUAAAGGUGAUACUAAUGAAUGGAUGUCAGUCCUUGUUAGGGCACAUGUGUGAAGGGUGGUUCUGAAAUGCAGGAGUGGUGGCCCCUCUUGUCUCUGAAACUCAGUCCUGGUUUUGCCUUUAACAAGCACAUGGCCAUUAGCUGAUCUUUGGAGUAAAAAAAAAUUUUUUUUUAAUGUACAUGGCUGAUAUGUGGGUGUUUAUCUGUGUGAGAGUAUUAUAAUCACAAAUGUAUAAUCACAAAUGUAUAUUAUAGAUAUUUGCAGGUUAUAGUAGAUACCAGGUUUUUCCAGCUGCAUAUCUACAGAUGUAGUGAGUAGAAGGAACCCAGGACCAGUAGCUAAAAGACUUGCAUUCUAGUCCUGGCUCUGCCACCUUGGCUUGUAUGAUGUUGGGCAAGUCCCUUAUUUCCUUGAGUCACAGUUUCCUCUUCUGUGAAAUGGUGCUAAUACCAGUGUUGCAUGUCUCCCGGGGUUGUUGUGGGGAUCAAAUGAGAUCAUUUGUAUGAAAAUGUCUUGUAAACUCUGAAGGUAUUUUUAUUAUAACAUUGUCUUUGGCCAGUUGAUGUGGGUAUGGUCAACCUUCUCAGGAUUAAGGGUUCCAGAGUUAUGAACUGACUUUGUGAUUUGUUUGGCCACAGUUUUUACAUAGGCCAUAAAAUACUUGCAGGCUUGGGUAGGUGAGUAUAGGUGGAAAUCAACUGAAAUCCCUGCUCAUUAGAUGUUGGGAUGUUAGUCUUAAGUACACUCAGUGGAGUGCUGCCUGAUAUCUUACUUUUCUUUAUGAUGCCAGUCAACACUGACUCCAUCUUUGUUAGAGUAGGAGUCCAUUACUCUCAUUUUACUUGAAGGACAUUGACCAGCCAACUGACUUAAACAGCUAAAUUCUGAAAUUCACAUCUUUAGUUAACUCUUCUGGGGUAAGGUAUUGUGGGCUAAUAAGCAACAUCAUGAUAAAUGGAGAAAAUAUUGAAGUUGUCAAGGAUUUCAUUUUACUUGGAUCCGUAAUCAACGCCCACGGAAGCAGCAGUCAAGAAAUCAAACAACGUAUUGCAUUGGGAAGAUCUGCUGCAAAAUACCUCUUUAAAAAAGCAAUAAACCAGGGACUCCAGCAGCCUGAGACCAGAAGAACUAGAUGGUGCCCAGCUACCACCAAUGACUGCCCUGACAGGGAACACAACAGAGAAUCCCUGAUGGAGCAGGAGAAAAGUGGGAUGCAGACCUAAAUUUUAGUGAAAAGACUAGACUUAAUGGUCUGACGGAGACUAGAGGGACCCCAGAGGUCAUGGCCCCACACUUUUAGCCCGAGACUAAAACCAUUCCCGAAGCCAACUCUUCAGACAAAGAUUAGACUGGACUAUAAGACAUAAAAUGAUUCUGGUAAAGAGUGUGCUUCUUAGCUCAAGUAGACACAUGAGACUAUGUGGGCAGCUCCUGUGUGGAGGCGAGAUGAGAAGGCAGAGAGGGACAGGAGCUGGUUGAAUGGACAUAGAAAAUACAGGGUAGAGAGAAGGAGUGUGCUGUCACAUUGUUGGGAGAGCGACUAGAGUCACAUAACAAUAUGUGUGUAAGUUUUUGUAUGAGAAACUGACUUGAACUGUAAACUUUCACUUAAAGCACAACUAAAAAAAAAAAGGUAUUUUCAUGGCCCAGCCAACUUGACACACAACCUUAACCAUCACUGCCCACACCUUAUCGACUUGGUGCCUGUACCCAACGCCUUAAACCAUAUACAAUCUCUAAAUAAAGAUAAUUACAGUCAAAUUUGCACCUAACUUGCUGUAACAGGCGUACAACUGAAAUUGCACUAGCCCCAUUUACAUCUUGUAUUUCAUAUUAAGCAAUGGAAUAAGGGAGAGAAGAUACACGUUGUCAUGGACUGAGCUGUGUCCCCCAAAACAUGUGUUGACUUGUUGAGGCCAUGAUUCCCAAUAUUGUGUGGUUGUCCUCCCUUUUGUGAUUUUCCUAUGUGUUAUAAAUCAUUAUCUCUGCCUUUGGUUAAAGAAGAUUAGGGUGGGAUGUAACACUCUCACUCAGGUCACAUCCUUAAUCCAAUGUAAAGGGAGUUUCCCUGGGGUGUUGCCUGCACCACCUUUUAUCUUACAAGAGAUAAAAGGAAAGGGAAGCAAGCAGAGAGUUGGGGACCUCAUACCACUAAGAGAUCAGUGUUGGGAGCAGAGCACGUCCUUUGGACCCAGGGUUCCUGAGCAGAGCAGCUCCUAGUCCAGGGGAAGAUUGAUGACAACUACCUUCUUCCAGAGCAAACAGAGAAAGCCUUGCCCUGGAGCUGACCCCCCUGAAUUUGGACUUCUAGCUACUAAAAAAAAAGACUUUGAAAAAAUAAAUUUCUCUUUGUUAAAGCCAAUUAAAAAAAAAAAGUGUUAAAAAGCAAAGAUGUCACUUUGAGGACUAAGGUACGCCUGACCCAGGCCAUGGUAUUUUCAGUUGCCUCAUAUAUAUGCAUGUGAAAGCUGGACAAAUGAAUAAGGAAAAAUUGAUGCCUUUGAAUUACAGUGUUGAUGGAUAAUACUGAAUAUAUCAUGGACUGCCAGAAGAAGGAACAAAUCUGUCUCGGAAGAAGUACAGCCAGAUUGCUCCUUAGAAGCGAGGAUGGCGAGACUUCAUCUUGCGUACUUUUCGCAUGUUCUCAGGAGAGACCAGUCCUCGGAGAAGGACAUCAUGCUUGGUAAAGUUGAGGGUCAGCGAAAGAGAAAGACCUCAAGAAGAAGAUGGAUUGAUGCAGUGGCUGCAACAGUGGCCUCAGACAUCAUUGCAGUGUCGGGAUGGCUAUGAACCCUGUGUAAAUGAAGGCAUAUGUGUUACUUAUCACAAUGGCACAGGAUACUGCAAAUGUCCAGAGGGCUUCUUGGGAGAAUAUUGUCAACAUCGAGACCCCUGUGAGAAGAAUCGCUGCCAGAAUGGUGGGACCUGUGUGGCCCAGGCCAUGUUGGGGAAAGCCACAUGCCGAUGUGCCCCGGGGUUCACAGGCGAGGAGUGCCAGUACUCCACCUCCCACCCGUGCUUCAUGUCUCGCCCCUGCCUGAACGGAGGCACCUGCCAUAUGCUCAGCCGGGAUACCUAUGAGUGCACCUGCCAAGUUGGUUUUACAGGUAUGCUGUGCCAGUGGACUGAUGCCUGCCUGUCUCAUCCCUGUGCAAAUGGAAGUUCCUGUACCACUGUGGCCAACCAGUUCUCCUGCAAAUGUCUCGCAGGCUUCACAGGGCAGAAGUGUGAGACUGACAUUAAUGAAUGUGACAUUCCCGGGCGCUGCCAGCAUGGUGGCACCUGCCUCAACCUGCCAGGUUCCUAUCAGUGCCAGUGCCCCCAGGGCUUCACAGGGCAGCACUGUGACAGCCCCUAUGUGCCCUGCGCCCCCUCCCCCUGUGUCAACGGAGGUACCUGCCGGCAAACUGGUGACUUCACUUUUGAGUGCAACUGCCUUCCAGGUUUUGAAGGGAGCACCUGUGAGCGGAAUAUUGACGACUGCCCUAACCACAAGUGUCAGAAUGGAGGAGUUUGUGUGGAUGGGGUCAAUACUUACAACUGCCGCUGCCCACCUCAGUGGACUGGACAAUUCUGCACUGAAGAUGUGGAUGAAUGUCUUCUACAACCCAAUGCCUGUCAGAAUGGGGGCACCUGUACCAACCGCAAUGGGGGCUACGGCUGCGUGUGUGUUAAUGGCUGGAGUGGAGAUGACUGCAGUGAGAACAUCGAUGACUGUGCCUUCGCCUCCUGCACUGCAGGCUCCACCUGCAUUGACCGUGUGGCCUCCUUCUCUUGCAUGUGCCCAGAAGGAAAGGCAGGUCUCUUGUGUCAUCUGGAUGAUGCAUGCAUCAGCAAUCCUUGCCACAAGGGGGCACUGUGUGAUACCAACCCCUUGAACGGGCAGUAUAUUUGCACCUGCCCACAAGGCUACAAAGGGGCUGACUGUACAGAAGAUGUGGAUGAGUGUGCCAUGGCCAACAGCAACCCAUGUGAGCAUGCAGGGAAAUGUGUGAAUACAGAUGGCGCCUUCCACUGUGAAUGUCUGAAGGGCUAUGCAGGGCCUCGCUGUGAGAUGGAUAUCAAUGAGUGCCAUUCAGACCCCUGCCAGAACGAUGCCACCUGCUUGGAUAAGAUUGGAGGAUUCACAUGUCUGUGCAUGCCAGGUUUCAAAGGUGUGCAUUGUGAAUUGGAGAUAAAUGAAUGUCAGAGCAACCCUUGUGUGAACAAUGGGCAGUGUGUGGAUAAAGUCAAUCGCUUUCAGUGUCUGUGUCCGCCUGGUUUCACUGGGCCAGUUUGCCAGAUUGAUAUUGAUGACUGUUCCAGUACUCCAUGUCUGAAUGGGGCAAAGUGUAUCGAUCACCCAAAUGGAUAUGAAUGCCAGUGUGCCACAGGCUUCACUGGUGUGUUGUGUGAGGAGAACAUCGACAACUGUGACCCUGAUCCUUGCCACCAUGGCCAGUGCCAGGAUGGUAUUGAUUCCUACACCUGCAUCUGCAAUCCCGGAUACAUGGGUGCCAUCUGCAGUGACCAGAUUGAUGAAUGCUACAGCAGCCCUUGCUUGAAUGAUGGUCGCUGCAUCGACCUGGUGAAUGGCUACCAGUGCAACUGCCAACCAGGCACGUCAGGGAUUAACUGUGAAAUUAAUUUUGAUGACUGCGCAAGUAAUCCUUGUGUCCAUGGAGUCUGUAAAGAUGGCAUUAACCGCUACAGCUGUGUCUGCUCACCCGGAUUCACAGGGCAGAGAUGUAACAUUGACAUCGAUGAGUGUGCUUCCAAUCCCUGUCGGAAGGGUGCAACGUGUGUCAAUGAUGUGAACAGUUUUCGCUGUAUAUGCCCCGAGGGGCCCCAUCACCCCAGCUGCUAUUCUCAGGUGAAUGAGUGCCUGAGCAAUCCUUGCAUCCAUGGAAACUGCACUGGUGGCCUCAGCGGAUACAAGUGUGUCUGUGAUGCAGGCUGGGUUGGUAUCAACUGUGAAGUGGACAAAAAUGAAUGUCUUUCUAACCCAUGCCAGAACGGAGGAAUUUGUGACAAUCUGGUGAAUGGAUACAGAUGUACUUGCAAGAAGGGCUUUAAAGGCCAUAACUGUCAGGUGAAUAUUGAUGAAUGUGCUUCAAAUCCAUGCCUGAACCAAGGAACCUGCUCUGAUGACAUAAGUGGCUACACUUGCCAUUGUGUGCUCCCAUACACAGGCAAGAACUGUCAGACUGUAUUGGCUCCCUGUUCUCCAAACCCUUGUGAGAAUGCUGCUGUUUGCAAAGAGGCCCCAAAUUUUGAGAGUUAUACCUGUCUGUGCACUCCUGGUUGGCAAGGUCAGCGGUGUACAAUUGACAUUGACGAGUGUGUCUCCAAGCCCUGCAUGAACCUUGGCAUCUGCCAUAACACCCCAGGCAGUUACAUGUGCGAGUGCCCUCCAGGCUUCAGUGGUAUGGACUGUGAGGAGGACAUCAAUGACUGCCUUGCCAAUCCUUGCCAGAAUGGAGGGUCCUGUGUGGAUGGAGUCAAUACUUUCUUCUGCCUCUGCCUUCCGGGGUUCAUUGGGGACAAGUGCCAGACAGACAUGGAUGAGUGUCUGAGUGAGCCCUGUAAGAAUGGAGGGACCUGCUCCGACUAUGUCAGCAGUUACACCUGCAAGUGUCAGGCGGGAUUUGAUGGAGUCCACUGUGAGAACAACAUUGAUGAGUGCACGGAGAGCUCCUGUUUCAAUGGUGGCACGUGUGUUGAUGGGAUUAACUCCUUCUCCUGCUUGUGCCCUGUGGGCUUCACUGGCCCCUUCUGCCUCCAUGAGAUCAAUGAAUGCAACUCUCACCCAUGCCUGAAUGAGGGAACGUGUGUUGAUGGCCUGGGUACCUACCGCUGUGUCUGUCCCUUGGGCUACACUGGGAAAAACUGUCAGACCCUGGUGAACCUCUGCAGCCGGUCUCCAUGUAAAAACAAAGGUACCUGCAUUCAGGACAAAGCAGAGUUUCGGUGCCUGUGUCCCUCUGGAUGGGCUGGUGCCUACUGUGACGUGCCCAGUGUCUCCUGUGAGGUGGCAGCCUCCCACAGAGGGUUGCCUGUCGACCGUCUGUGCCAGCACUCUGGGAUCUGCAUCAGCGCCGGCAACACACAUCACUGCCAGUGCCCCAUGGGCUACACCGGGAGCUACUGUGAGGAGCAGCUGGAUGAGUGCGCGUCCAAUCCCUGCCGGCACGGAGCCACCUGCAGCGACUUCAUUGGUGGAUACCGAUGCGAGUGUAUCCCAGGAUAUCAGGGUGUCAACUGUGAAUAUGAAGUGGAUGAGUGCCAGAAUCAGCCAUGCCAGAAUGGAGGCACCUGUAUCGACCUUGUGAACCAUUUCAAGUGCUCCUGCCCUCCAGGCACUCGGGGCCUGCUUUGUGAAGAGAACAUUGACGAUUGUGCCAGGGGCCCCCACUGCCUUAAUGGUGGUCAGUGUGUGGAUAGGAUCGGGGGCUACAGUUGUCGCUGCUUGCCUGGCUUUGCUGGUGAGCGGUGUGAGGGGGACAUCAACGAGUGCCUCUCCAACCCCUGCAGCUCUGAGGGCAGCCUGGAUUGCAUACAGCUUACCAACGACUACCUGUGUGUCUGCCGCAGCGCCUUCACUGGCCGUCACUGUGAAACCUUCAUGGAUGUGUGUCCCCAGAUGCCUUGCCUCAAUGGAGGGACUUGUGCUGUGGCCAGCAACAUGCCUGAUGGUUUCAUUUGUCGUUGUCCCCCGGGAUUCUCCGGGGCAAGAUGCCAGAGCAGCUGUGGACAAGUGAAGUGUAGGAAAGGGGAGCAGUGUGUGCACACAGCCUCAGGACCCCGCUGCUUCUGCCCAAAUCCCCAGGACUGCGAGCCAGGCUGUGCCAGCAGCCCCUGCCAGCACGGGGGCACCUGCUAUCCUCAGCGCCAGCCCCCUUAUUACUCUUGCCAGUGCCCUUCCCGGUUCUGGGGCAGCCACUGUGAGCUCUACACAGCCCCCACCAGCAUGCCUCCCGCCACCUGUCUCAGCCAGUAUUGCGCAGACAAAGCCCGGGACGGCGUCUGUGAUGAGGCCUGCAACAGUCAUGCCUGCCAGUGGGAUGGGGGCGACUGCUCUCUCACCAUGGAGAACCCCUGGGCCAACUGCUCCUCCCCACUUCCGUGCUGGGAUUACAUCAACAACCAGUGUGACGAGCUGUGCAACACGGCUGAGUGCCUCUUUGACAACUUUGAAUGCCAGAGGAACAGCAAGACAUGCAAGUAUGACAAAUAUUGUGCAGACCACUACAAAGACAACCACUGUGACCAGGGAUGCAACAGCGAGGAGUGUGGCUGGGAUGGGCUGGACUGUGCUGCUGACCAGCCAGAGAAGCUGGCAGAGGGAACCCUGGUUAUUGUCGUGCUGAUGCCACCUGAACAGCUGCUCCAGGAUGCUCGCAGCUUCUUGCGGGCACUGGGCGCCCUGCUCCACACCAACCUGCGCAUUAAACGGGACGCCCAGGGGGCCCUCAUGGUAUACCCAUAUUAUGGAGAGAAGUCAGCUGCCAUGAAGAAGCAGAGGAUGACACGCAGGUCCCUUCCUGUUGAAGAAGAGCAGGAGGUGGCUGGCUCUAAAAUAUUUCUGGAAAUUGACAACCGCCAAUGUGUUCAGGAUUCAGACCAGUGCUUCAAGAACACCGAUGCAGCAGCAGCUCUUCUGGCUUCUCACGCCAUCCAGGGGACCCUGUCAUACCCUCUUGUGUCUGUCAUCAGUGAAUCCUGGACUCCAAAAAGCACUCAGCUCCUCUAUCUACUUGCUGUUGCUGUUGUCAUUAUCCUGUUUAUUAUCCUGCUGGGGGUAAUCAUGGCAAAACGAAAGCGUAAGCAUGGCUCCCUCUGGCUGCCUGAAGGUUUCACCCUUCGCCGAGACUCCAGCAAUCACAAGCGUCGUGAGCCGGUGGGACAGGAUGCUGUGGGGCUGAAAAAUCUGUCAGUGCAAGUUUCAGAGGCUAACCUAAUUGGUUCUGGAACAAGUGAGCAUUGGGUCGAUGCUGAAGGACCCCAGCCCAAGAAGGCCAAGGGUGAAGAUGAGGCCUUACUCUCAGAAGAGGAUGACCCCAUUGACCGACGCCCAUGGACGCAGCAGCACCUGGAAGCUGCAGACAUCCGUAGGACACCAUCGUUUGCACCCACUCCUCCUCAGGCAGAGCAGGAGGUGGAUGUGCUGGACGUGAAUGUCCGUGGACCAGAUGGGUGCACCCCGCUGAUGCUGGCAUCUCUCCGAGGAGGCAGCUCAGACAUGAGUGAUGAAGAUGAAGAAGCAGAGGACUCCUCUGCCAACAUCAUCACAGACUUGGUGGGCCAGGGUGCCAGUCUCCAGGCCCAGACAGACCGCACAGGCGAGAUGGCCCUGCACCUCGCAGCCCGCUACUCGAGAGCAGAUGCUGCCAAGCAUCUCCUGGAUGCAGGUGCAGAUGCCAAUGCUCAAGACAACAUGGGCCGCUGCCCUCUCCACGCCGCGGUGGCAGCCGAUGCCCAGGGUGUCUUCCAGAUUCUGAUCCGCAACCGAGCAACUGACCUAGAUGCCAGGAUGAAUGAUGGUACUACGCCCCUGAUCCUGGCUGCCCGCCUGGCUGUGGAGGGCAUGGUGGCAGAGCUGAUCAACUGCCAAGCAGAUGUGAAUGCAGUGGAUGACCACGGAAAAUCUGCUCUUCACUGGGCAGCUGCUGUCAAUAAUGUGGAGGCAACCAUUUUGCUGUUGAAAAAUGGAGCCAACCGAGACAUGCAGGACAACAAGGAAGAGACACCCCUAUUUCUUGCUGCCCGGGAGGGGAGCUAUGAAGCAGCUAAGAUCCUGUUAGACCAUUUUGCCAACCGGGACAUCACAGACCACAUGGAUCGCCUCCCCCGGGAUGUGGCUCGGGACCGCAUGCAUCAUGACAUUGUGCGCCUCCUGGAUGAGUACAAUGUGACACCGAGCCCUCCAGGCACCGUGCUGACUUCUGCUCUCUCACCUGUCAUCUGUGGACCCAACAGGUCUUUCCUCAGCCUGAAGCACACUCCUAUGGGCAAGAAGCCCAGAAGGCCCAAUGCCAAGAGUGCCAUGCCCACUAGCCUCCCUCACCUGGCCAAGGAGGCCAAGGAUGCCAAGGGUAACAGGAGGAAGAAGUCUCUGAGUGACAAGGGCCAGCUGUCUGAGAGCUCAGUGACCUUAUCACCCGUUGAUUCCCUGGAGUCUCCUCACACAUAUGUUUCUGACACCACAUCCUCUCCAAUGAUUACAUCCCCUGGAAUCUUACAGGCCUCACCACCCAACCCUAUGUUGGCCACUGCUGCCCCACCUGCCCCUGCCCACUCACAGCAUGCAUUGUCUUUCUCUAACCUUCAUGAAAUGCAGCCUCUGGCUCAUGGGGCCAGCACUGUGCUUCCCUCAGUGAGCCAGUUGCUGUCCCACCACCACAUUGUCCCUCCAGGAGGUGGCAGUGCAGGGAGCUUGGGUAGGCUACAUCCAGUCACUGUCCCAGCGGACUGGAUGAACCGCAUGGAGAUGAAUGAAACCCAGUACAGUGAGAUGUUUGGUAUGGUCCUCACUCCAGCUGAGGGCACCCACCCUGGCAUAGCUCCCCAGAACAGACCACCUGAUGGGAAGCACAUAACCCCUCGGGAGCCGUUGCCCCCCAUUGUGACUUUCCAGCUGAUUCCCAAAGGCAGCAUUGCCCAACCAGCUGGGGCCCCUCAGCCUCAGUCCAACUGUCCUCCCACUGUUGCAGGCCCCCUGCCCACCAUGUACCAGAUUCCAGAAAUGGCCCGUUUGCCAAAUGUGGCUUUCCCUACUGCCAUGAUGCCCCAGCAGGAUGGUCAGGUAGCUCAGACCAUUCUCCCAGCCUAUCAUCCUUUCCCAGCCUCUGUGGGUAAGUACCCCACGCCCCCUUCACAGCACAGUUAUGCCUCUUCAAAUGCUGCUGAGCGGACGCCCAGCCACAGUGGUCACCUCCAAGGUGAGCAUCCCUACCUGACACCAUCCCCAGAGUCUCCUGACCAGUGGUCAAGCUCAUCACCCCACUCUGCUUCUGACUGGUCAGAUGUCACCACCAGUCCUACCCCUGGGGGAGCUGGAGGAGGCCAGCGGGGACCUGGGACACACAUGUCUGAGCCACCGCAUAGCAAUAUGCAGGUCUAUGCGUGAAAGAGUCUGCCUCCAGUGUAGGGACAGAACUGCCUAUUGUAAAUGCUGCUGAGGAACAAAAUGAAGGUCAUCCGGGAGAGAAAUGAAGAAGUCUCUGGAACCAGCUCCUGGAGGCAGGAGAGAAGAGAUGCUCUUAUCUUUCAGAUAAUGCAAAGAAGCAAUUUUAUCAGCUUCACUGGGUAUCUGCAGGGUUUGUGCUUGGGGACAUGGCUCCUUCUAAUCUCUUGCGCAUCAAGCCAAGUUCAUGGAAUUGCAAGAUGAAGACAAGCCCAGAGGUUAUGUUUACUCCCUUCCUUUUGGAGAAUAAGACAGAUGCCUAUUGUAGCCCAGACAUUCCUGCAGCUUGGACUACAUUUUAAGCCCUGAGGGCUUUUGCCAUAUCUGUGAGAAGUUUCCACAGUAGAAUCCUAUUGGGAAUUGUGCCCUGGAAUUCUGCCUGAGUUGACCUUUCUCAUCUUUUUAUCCUUGGACAUUCUUUUGACUUCAUUGGUGCUUUAAUUGUUGCACCUCUCCAUGGUUGUAGCCCCGCCAGUAUGUUAAAGGGCAAGACCUUUGUGCUUUAAUCAUUCCUGCCCUAGAAAGCAACUUCAUCCUCCUUUUUCCCUCCUAUUUCCCAGUGUCCGUCGGAGUCUCACAGGGUUUAUUUUGAUUAUGCACAACCUCCUAAGUGUUUCUUUAGGAAAUGGACACACUGCAUUCUCCUACAUAGAUCAUUCCUAAAGGCAGAAGGGGAGCAAAGCAUGUUUUGUUGGACCAAUUUGGGGGGUAGGAGAUCCUGUCAAGAGGCUGCCACUUUAAUUCUCUUGCCUGCAUGCAGGGCUGUAUAUAAACCUUACCAGGAAGAAGGAUGAGUAUUUGCUGUUUUUCUGUUUGCAGGUCUAGUCAUUGUGAAGUUUUACCCUUUGCAGCCUAGAUACUAUGACUUUUUUUUGUUCGUUUUGUUCUUUUAAGCCAGCAAAACUUUUGGAAUGGUCAAGAGGUAAGGUAACUCAUGCAAGAGGUAGUUACCACCCAGCAGGUGCCUUCCGUUCCUGCCAAGCAUGACUGCCAACGUGAAAUGCGUUUUCCCUGAGAUUGUACAAUGCUCAGCCCCGCUUCCCUCCCUCUACCAUCAGAUGAAGCCAGUUUUAGCUGCUGAGCCUUUCCUUCCACACAUCUCCACAGAAGAAAAUGUCUUCAACCAUACACCCUCGCCACUUAAAACAGUUUUCCCCAGCUCAGGGGGCCCAGUUUCAGUUGUCUUCGUCUUACAGGCUCAUUCACCAAUCUUCCCUCCACAUUUGGGUGUUCUGAGUCACUGGGUUUACCUGGUACGUUCUCGAGGAAAGAUGUCUUCUAUAUCCAAAGCUAGAAAAUGGAAAGUUGGCCUAAUUUCUAGAGUCCAAGCCAGCCCUUGGACUGGAAGGUUGGAAAGGGGAGGAACUGUGACGUGGCCUUUGCUACGGAUUGCUGUCAUUUCUCCUACCUUCCUCGUGACAUUCCUUUUUGGAAACUAUACAGGCUUCCCAAGCUUGUUUCCUUGCUUAAGUCACUUCUGGGUGAUGAUUACAAACUCUUGUCAUUAUUCUCCUUAUGUUCAGAUUGUGACUGCACCACACCUCAGUCCUCUCCCUUUAUUUAUGCUCUCUGCGACUCCCUUGACUUUUCUGUCAAGGGUAGAAGCAUUCUACUAGACAGUUGUAGAAAUAGAAUGAGAAUAUUUUUCUUCCACUUCUCCCUGAGUCAACUAAAAAUUGGCCCCUUGGCCAAAGUGUCACUUCUACCCAGUGCUAUGGAGCCCCAUGGAAAUUAGUUCUGCCAUGCCAUUUAGUAGCUGUUAAUAUGUUAACUGCCUACUCUGUUUUGCUUUCAAUGGUAGUCCUCAUUGCUGCCAGAGCCAGAAGUAGUUGUCAGUAGUCUCCAAGUACCUGAUUAUCUGACCGUGGCCCCAUGUGGAAACCCUAUGUGUUUGUUGGCAUGACAGUCUACAAACGGUUUUUCAGUCCUGCACAAAUUCAUUGAACCAACAAAGAUAACCAGUCCUGCCUUGAUAUAAACAGAUUUUGUUCAUUUUGUAUUUUAUUCUCUCACGUAAAGGCAUUCUACCAGCCUCUUUCAAAGCAUGUGAACAUUUUAUCAUUCUAAAUGGUGACUCUCUACCUUGGGCCCAUUUGUCAGUUCAUGGAUAGGGAGGACUUGCGUGCAUGGGCCAUUGUGAACUAUACCACAUCUGCUCCUCUCUGCACCCCUUCUCCAGCCCCGCUUCCCAAAAGUAUCAGCCUUGGAUCCAGCGGCUUUGAUCUUCUGUAGUCUCCUCCAUCCCUGAGCACAGUGUAGGACUAACUUGCUUGUUGCUCCUUCUUGGAAGACUUUAAUUUCAGUCCUUUGGGUUUGGAGAAGGGAGUGUAAGAGCUGCCAUUCACAUCCAACAGGCUUCAGUGAUGAAAAGGAGGACACUGCCUUUCAGGCAUUUUAUCAGAUUUUAAGGACCCCCUGAGUUGUGUAAUAUUUAAUAAAAGGGAAGGUAAGAUGGAGAGUCACUUUCUCAGUUGGGUUCUGAAUUGAAGACUAACUUUUUAUAGGAUACAUCUUUCAUGCCACGUAUAGAUGCCUUCACCCCUUUUUGUUGUUGUUGUUUUAAGUUCUUUUGUUGUUGUUUAAGUUCUUCUGCCUGCCCUUGGGGAUAGGUUUUCUAUUUGUUUGUUUCUUCUGUUUUAAGCAUCAUUUUCUGACCUACAUGAUAGUAGGAGAGGGAGAAGUCUGAGGGAAAGAGAGACUGAGAAUUAAAGAAUUUAAUGUAAACAGCUGUGAUGCUCAAGUCCAUUAUGUGUUCUUAUUAUUAAAUUUGCUAGUUUGUAAUUCUUGCAUAGAAAAGAACCAAAGGUGUAAUGUCUCUUUGGUGGGUGGUUUGGGAAUUUUGGCCUUAACCAGUACAUUGAAUGUAUGACUAUUUGGGAGGACACGUUUAUAUACCCAGAAGCCCCCACUAAUAACUGUUUGGUACUAUGGCGACUUCCUUGUGUACAUUUCUCUUAAAAGUGAUAUUGUACCUGUUUGUAUGAGAAAAGCAAUAACCGAAAAAAAUGACUGCAUAUUCCUGACUGGUUAUAGUAAGGAAAAUGCACACUUUUGUUUUUACUUUUCAAAGUUUCAUUCUAAAAGUAGUUAAGAACAAAUUUAUAUGAAAGCAUUUUUAUCACAAAAUAAAAAAGGUUACAUGUCAA